UUAUCCCUCUCCACCUUUAUAUACACCUCACACCCGUCCUCAAGUAAAUCCUUUCAAUCGACAAAAGCCCUAACCCUAGCUCUCGCGAAUCCAGCACUCGAUCUGAUCCGUAAAAUCUCCGGCCCCAUUCACCAUGGGUUCCAAGAGAUCCGACUUCGGCGAUGGCGCUAGCCCUGGCAAGAUUUUCAUUGGUGGGUUAUCCAAAGAGGCCACACUAGAUCAGUUCACGAAGUACUUUGGGAAGUACGGAGAAAUAACGGAUUCAGUGAUAAUGAAAGAUCGGCAAACUGGUCGACCGAGGGGUUUUGGGUUUAUCACAUAUGCUGAUCCGUCUGUUGUUGAUACUGUUAUCGCUGAAACCCAUGUCAUCAAUGGGAAACAGGUUGAGAUCAAAAGAACAAUUCCAAAAGGUGCUGCGGAAUCCAAGGAUUUCAAAACAAAAAAGAUUUUUGUUGGUGGGAUACCAACUUCUGUUACUGAAGAUGAGUUCAAGAAUUUCUUCUCGAAGUAUGGGAAGGUAGUGGAACACGAGAUCAUACGAGAUCAUGUUACCAAACGCUCCAGGGGUUUCGGAUUUAUUGUAUUUGAUAAUGACCAAGUUGUUGACACUGUCCUUGCCAAUGGAAGUAUGAUAGAUAUGGAAGGGACACAGGUUGAGAUCAAGAAGGCUGAACCAAAGAAAACCUCAAACCCAGCACCUACUCCUGCUUAUGGUAGUGAUUCUAGGGGUCGAGGAUAUGUUGAUGAUUUUGGUGGCUUUGGCAACUCUUAUACCGGGUUUGGCAGCGGUGGUUACGGCCCUGCUUCUUAUAGGAGUUUUGGUGGUCUUGGCGGUAGGUUUGGAGAUUAUGGAGUAUAUGGUGGCGGCAGGGGUAGUGACUUUGGUGGGCGAUAUGGUGACUUUGGUGGCAGUGAUUACAUGAGUUAUCGAGGUGAGCCUUCCCUUGGCGGUGGCUACUCUAGUCGCUUUGGUUCCUACGCCGGAGAGUUCGGUGGGGGAUAUGGUGGGGGUGGACUUGGUGCAUAUGGCCGCGGAGGUGGAAGCUAUGGCAGUUAUGGCGGCUCAGGCUCUGGUGCUAGUUACGAUUCUGGCCCUGGUGCUGGUUAUGGUGGUGCAGGGGGGCUUUAUGGAAGUAGGGCAGGAUAUAGUGGCAGUAGUCGUUACCAUCCUUAUGGAAGGUAGAUUUCUAAGCUUUUCCUAUAGGAGGGGCCACAGUGUUGCAUCUUCCAGUUUGGACUUCAUACACUUAAGCACUUGCUGCAAGAGGGGACACGCUAGAAGAUCAGAAGAACCUUUAGCUUUUUUGUUUGUUGAUGAAAUAGACAGCUGAAUCUAGACCACCAAUCUAGUUUAUGCCUUUGAUUGUCUGCUCUAGAUAGACGUCUAUGUUCUUAUGAAGUUUUUAUUAGCUAGAUCUUACCAGUUGGAGCUGUGUAUGUACUUUUUUUGGAAUUAUCCUAGACUAGUUGCUGCUUGUCA